CUCAUGGUUGAAUGUCGCUGUGGCCGACUGACCCAAAUAAUCACAUGGAUCAAAGCCAGCGACACCGUUCAUCACCGCUACUCUCAAGGCAUAACCGCACCCGGGAAUUGGAAAUCAAUCGCGCCGAUCCGAAAAGAUUGGUUGCUCUCGACACACAAUUUCUGAAGCAGCUACGACAGCUCCCAGACCAACUGGAACAGUUAAAACGUCAUUUUGAUAGCGGUACGAAAUCAACAUCAAGGUAAUGCAAACUGGGCUGUUACUUCGAACUACAGCUGUGGGAAUUUUACAUUUUGUUAAUGGACUUGUGUGAAACAUCUAAUUUUAGUCAUUCAAAAAACCUCAUUCCGAUGUUGAAUUUGUAUUUGUGAAUUUGCUUAGUUUGGUUUACUUACACAAUGGUCUCUUUGAUGAGUACUCACCACAUCGGGCUGCCAUUGCUCAACUACAUGUGUCACAUGUACACAUAUAAACAUCAAAGAGCCCGUAAAAGGGAGAUCGCAUUUAUAUUAUGAAAUUCUUCUAUCCGGUCAAUCAGUCUGUUUAGUGUGAGUCUUUUAUAGCCACCGCAUUUGUCUGUAGCACUAUUUUACUUGCUUUUAAUCUUAAAGGUUAUGCAUGCUGAAAGUACAUGCACUCUUAGUUGUGUCGAUCACUGUCAUUAUCACAGUCAUGAAAUGUACUGCAGAUGUAUUUGCUGUUCAAAUCUUUUGAGCCACUUAGACUGCGCAUUUGAUUGGCUCUCUGUGAGUUCCUUUGUUUGUAACGAAUCAAAAUGCUUCAAUUAUUUACCUUUAUUCUGCAUCAUGUUAGCUAAAAACUGCAUUUGUUUAUAUGCCCAUCACAAUCGACAAACUUUUUCGUUUAUAGUAUUAAUUAUUAAAUUGCAAUAUUGUUUCAAUUCAAACGUUUUUUUCAUUUUUAUUCAUUUUAUUAUAAAAUCGAAUUUUUGAUCAUUUAAUCGCUUUAGAGCCACCUUAAAUUUUCGAAAGCUUAAGGUUUUUUUGAACCUUCCAUAUAGCUUUUUUACUUUUGGGAAAUUUUUUAAUCUUCACAAACUAAUUGCAUUUCAGUGAUAAAAAUAGAGGUCACAGAACUCACUUUUGAGUUCAGGUGUUUUAGCCUUUUAAGUUUAACAUAAAGGGCGUUUUUGAUGCCAUAAAAAUUAUCAUGGCUGAGGCUCUUUCACCAAUGGCUGCUGGGCAAGUGUUUGUAUUGUAGCAUCAAACGAAAAAGCUUCGUUGUAUAGGUCCGUUCAUUAAAAGUAGAAGUACUGAAAAUUCCACAAGCCACUGCGAACCACCUUAAACUUAAGUACCGGUAAGUAAAAAUAACAAGUAAAUUAAUUAAUCAAAAUAGUAGUAAUAAAAGAUGAAGGAAUAAAUGACAGAAAAAGGAAAAAAGGAAAAAAAGCAAUAAAGACACGUGUCUGUUAUUGGUCCACAAAUAGGUUCGAAGCUUGGAAUGACCACGCACAGUACCAGCAGUCGAAUACCAGAGAGGAAAAUCUGAAACGUGAACACGAAGAAAAGUAA